AUGGGCUUACAUUUCAAGUGGCCAUUAGGGGCUCCUAUGCUGGCAGCACUAUAUGCAAUGAGUAUGGUUUUAAAAAUGCUGCCUGCCUUGGGCAUGGCAUGUCCACCAAAAUGUCGCUGUGAGAAGCUGCUCUUUUACUGUGACUCUCAGGGGUUUCACUCAGUGCCAAACACCACUGAAAAGGGCUCUCUAGGUUUGUCACUGAGGCACAAUUAUAUUUCUGAACUUGAAAGGGAUCAAUUUGCAAGCUUCAGUCAACUUACUUGGCUUCACUUAGAUCAUAAUCAAAUUUCAACAGUAAGAGAAGAUUCUUUUCAAGGACUGUAUAAACUUAAGGAAUUAAUCCUAAAUUCCAACAAAAUCUUUCACUUGCCAAACACAACUUUUAACCAACUGCUUAACCUGCAAAAUUUGGACCUCUCUUUUAAUCAGUUAUCUUCUCUGCAUCCCGAGUUGUUCUAUGGCCUUCGUAAACUGCAAACCUUGCAUUUACGUUCCAACUCCCUGCGGACUAUCCCAGUCCGCCUUUUCUGGGACUGUCGUAGUUUGGAGUUUCUGGAUUUGAGCACAAAUCGCUUGCGAAGUUUGGCUCGCAAUGGAUUUGCAGGAUUAAUCAAAUUGAGGGAGCUUCACCUAGAGCACAACCAGCUGACAAAGAUUAAUUUUGCUCAUUUCCUGCGGCUAAGCAGUCUGCACACGCUCUUCUUGCAGUGGAACAAAAUUAGCAACUUGACAUGUGGGAUGGAGUGGACCUGGGGCACCUUAGAAAAGCUAGAUUUGACUGGAAAUGAAAUCAAAGCCAUCGAUUUGACAGUUUUUGAAACCAUGCCUAAUCUUAAAAUACUCCUAAUGGAUAACAACAAGCUAACCACUCUGGAUUCCAAGAUCUUAAAUUCACUUACAUCUGUAACUACAGUGGGCCUAUCCGGCAAUCUGUGGGAAUGCAGCCCAAAGAUAUGUGCAUUAGCCACAUGGUUGAGUGGUUUCCAAGGUCGGUGGGAGCACUCCAUACUCUGCCACAGCCCAGACCACACCCAGGGAGAGGAUAUUCUAGAUGCAGUUUAUGGCUUUCAGCUUUGCUGGAAUUUAUCAACUAUUGUUACAUCCAUGGCUACGACUUACAGAGUUCCAACAACAGAGUAUACAAAAAGAAUAAGCUCAUCUAAUUUCCAUGUGGGAGACAAAGAAAUUCCAACUACUGCAGGCAUGAUCACUACCACUGAAGAAAAUUUCCCUGAACCAAACAAUGCCAUCUUCACUCAGCGGGUAAUUACAGGAACAAUGGCUUUAUUAUUUUCUUUCUUUUUUAUCAUUUUUAUAGUGUUCAUCUCCAGGAAAUGCUGCCCUCCCACAUUAAGAAGAAUUAGGCAGUGUUCAAUGAUUCAAAACCACAGGCAACUCCGAUCCCAAACAAGGCUACAUAUGUCAAACAUGUCAGACCAAGGACCAUAUAAUGAAUAUGAACCCACCCAUGAGGGACCCUUCAUCAUCAUUAAUGGUUAUGGACAGUGCAAAUGUCAGCAGCUGCCAUACAAAGAAUGUGAAGUAUAA